AUGCAUCAGCCUUGCCUUCCCAUUAUUAUCCUCAUUUUUUCUGCUCUCCUACAUGGUGAUCCUAAAUCCACUCAAAUUCGUAGCCUUUUAACAAGACCUAUGGAUGCGAUCUGUCCCUCCUACUGCGAGUGCCUUCGAGAAGAUACCAACGACGGGACACCCGCUUACUCUGCUGAGUGCCACGUAGGAACCAACACUCUGCCGAUCGCCUGUGCUCGAAGGUGGGUGAGCUUGAAACUCAAUCUGCACAAUUACAGUGGUCCUUUAGAGCUCAGACCGUUUCGCACCAAACCCGUCUUCUCAUAUUGCCACGAAUUAUCUAGUUUAUACAUUCGUCAGGUAGGAGAAAAUCCAGUUGGUUUCGCCCUGCGUUCUCUGCUGCAGGGACUACUGAAUCUGCGACGUAUAUGGUUCCAUCACGUCCAUGUGGAAACUGAUGGAGUAGAUGCAUCAAAUUUUUUUAAAGUUCCACCCAAACUAGAACUUAUUGCUUUCUCUGAUUGUUCAGUUACCCUGGAUGCUAACAAACCAUUGUUUUUUGACACGCCAAUGAGUUUACAGCAACUCAGACUUACAAAUGUUAGUCUGAGUGGAUCUCUUUCGAGCAGAUUACUGGUAAAUCUUUGUCACACCUCAACAAACGCCUUCCGCCCAAAUGAAAUUGUUUCCUUGUAUUUGGAUCGUAAUCAUCUGAAAAGUCUGGAUAGAAACAGCUUAUCAGGAUGUCGAAAUUUAAGGGUUUUACAACUGUCCUACAAUCAACUGACUGGAAGUUUGGAGGAAGUAAUGGGUUUGAGUUCGCGAAUUAUACGACAGAACUGGACAUUUAAGAAGACCCUGGCAGCAGCUGAGGCAUUAGAAUUUGGAGCCCUUGGAUACACUCCGCAAUUGGAAGCCUUAGAUCUUUCCGGAAAUUUCAUAACUGGUAUUAGAAGUCCUCUUUGGGCUUACGGUCGAGAAGGUACUAAAAUCCACAGUCUGACUGAAUUGAAAACUAUUUCCCUCGCCAACAAUAACCUUACUUACAUUGUUCGUGGUGCUUUUCAAGGUGCUCCUAACCUUCGUGAGAUUGAUCUCUCCCGAAAUCCAAAGCUCUUCUGCCCGAUGCAUUUAGAUUCACCAGCCUUCUACUCCUAUAUCGACCCAUACAUUUUCGGGGGCGUUCAGAAAUUAACAAAAGUCUAUUGGGACUUCGCGGACAAGACGUGCAUUCUCAGCUCCAUGAUGUCUGAAUCCAGCUAUGGCGUCCUAUCUGAGGGCUUAUUCAAACUCUUUGCUUCUCGUUCCCUUUGCUUAACCGAAGUUCAUCGGAAGCCAGCAAUCAGCAACGAACCGAUGACUUCCUCUGGUUCGAUCCCGUCAGUAACUAGCACGGAUAAGAAAAAACUUCCUGCAGUGGGACAGCCAGCCAAAAAGUCGAGAACUUCAUCCUCUUGGGCUCCGAUUGAUAUUGUAUCCAGCUUUCUCUGUGGUCUAAUAGCCCCACUACUUGUUGUGCUUUUUGUAGUAUUAGCAGUUCGAAGUAAGGCCCUUUUCGAGGUGGUAGCGAGUUGUUGUGACAAGGAUAAAGGAAGUCCUACCAUGGGUAGAACGGAAAAUCCUUUGUCUUGUGAACCACAGAGACCUCGAAAUAGUCCCUGCUAUACUCUGCCUUCCAACGGGAGAAGACCGGGGCUUCUUCUGCUGUGCGAUGAGGAAGCCGAACGCUUAAAUAACGGUGUGAGGAGUAAUAGUUUACAGAACCUCUGCCUGGCCUGUUUGGACCAGCCAACAACAAGUUCAACAGCAACAACCCAUGUGCAGCCCUUGGAGUUCUACGAUAACUGCAAACAUUUGACUACGAGCUUUGUUGGAGGUGGGAAGGCGCCUGCACAUCAGCGAGUCAGACGAACCACUGGGACAGAAAUUACGCGUGUUCUAGUUGAAUCACAAGAGAGGUCUAUGGAUGGCAAAAUGAACGUCAAUGAUUGGAAUUUCAUCUGA